AUACAGAAUGACAUCCGAGAAUGAUUUUGUUCAGAAAAAUUAAGAUAGGAAGUGAAUUGGGAAGGAUAAGGAAGGAAUCUUCACAACGAAUAGUUAAUAAAUAGAGAAAAAUAAUCGAAUAGUCCGAGCUGGGAAUCGAACCCGUGCGAGUAAAUACAAGAGAUAACGUCAUUUAAAACAUUUUAUAAUUUUUUAGUUUAAAAUGUACGAUAUCUGUCAUCCUAGUUAUUACAAAAUUAGCCAGCUUGGAUGUAAAAAUGAACUGAAAAUCACAACUGCUUUCUAUGUUUACAUGGAAUUAUGUGAAGAAAAAAAAUGUUGGGAUGUCGAAUAUAAAUACAAAGAAGAAUUAGAUUUAAUUUAUCUUACUGGAAAAAUAAAUAAAAAGGGUGAAACUGAAAUUUAUAUUCCUUGGCCAUCAAAGAAAAAUAUAAAAUUACGUGAUUUAGAGAAUAUUUAUAAUCAAAUUGGAAGUCAUAGUUUUACAUUAGCAGUAAAAAGCGGAGAAGGUGUAAGUAUAUUGUAUAAAAUUAGCCAAGGUCUGAUUAAACCUUUGGCACCCCAAGAGACCAGUGAAAAACGUGAGUCAAUUGUAAAAAAAUUGAAAUUAGACGAUGAAAUAACUAAAAAUAGUCGUAAUUUAUAUCAAUUAGCUAAAUCUAGGCAAAAAAAAUGUGAGGGGAAUAAAGAAGUAACUCUUUAUGAAAUCGUAUAAAUAAAUUAUAAGAUUAUUUAAUUUCAAUGGUAUUGAAAAAACUUUAAUUUUUUUCUCUUUUAUUUCUCUCUCAUGCUCAUUACAACUUUAAGAUAAUAAAGAAAUUAUUUUACACGUUGUUAGUUAAUCAAUUUAUUUUUUUUAUAAUUGUCUACAAUAAAUUGUAAACAAUAGAAGAAAAAAAAAAAAAUUCAAGAUCAUUAAUCAUGUUGGUGUAUCAGGAUCAUGUUAUAGUCACUAUGAAUUUUAUAAUUAUCCUGCGAUUAGCAAUCAUUUACAUAAAAUAGUUUUUCUUUUAGUACCGGAUUUUCACAAAUAAUUUUUUCCGAUUUAAAAAAAAUAAAUAAAUUUCAGUAUGUAAAAUAUAAUAAAUAUUCAGUGUAUUAUUUACAAAAUUUUCCCUAAUUUUCUACAACUGAAACAAUCGCAAUUGGAAAAAUUUUAUGUGACUAAAAAUCGGUGCUUUGUUGAAGAUGCGUAAAAAUCGCAGGACUGAUACACGGAGAGCUAGGGUUUGAUUCUUGGCAUCGACAAAUCUUUCUAUAACAUAAUUUAUUCCAAACUCUAAGGCCCCUUUUACUGUCUAUACUUAUCAACGUAACUUUUGAUUUUAAUUUCCAGAAAUAUUUUUAAAAAAUAUAUAUUUUUGGUCAUGAGAUAAUUUUUUUUUUUUU